AGCUUUCGGAACGUAACGCCAAGACGUCGAGCCAUUCAUAUUAAGCUAACAGCUCCAUCGCUGGCUACCUCGGUCUAUUCGGGGUUCUUUACCAGUUGUAGUUUUCGCACGACAGUGAAAUAGAAACAUGGCGCUGCUGACGGCGCUCUUCGCCUUCCUGUACCACCUGCCGCAGGUGUACAAGUGGCUGCUGAAGCCCUACUACCUCGCCUCGAUCUUCAUGUCGGUAGCCUUUCUUGCUAUCCGCAAGACGCCUGGCAUCUGCGACUAUUUGGCCACGCAGCGAGAGGACGGCAACUCCUGCGACUUCGACUGGAGGGAGGUGGAGAUCCUCAUGUUUCUCAGUGCCAUCGUCAUGAUGAAGAACAGGCGAGCCAUCACCGUGGAGCAGCACGUGGGCAACAUCAUCCUGUUCAGCAAAGUGGCCAAUGUCAUCCUGUUCUUCAGACUGGACAUCAGGCUGGGACUGCUCUACCUGACCCUCUGCAUAGUGUUUUUGAUGACCUGUAAGCCGCCUCUAUACAUGGGACCAGAGUACAUCAAAUAUUUCAGCGACAAAACCAUCGAUGAUGAGCUGGACAGAGACAGCCGUGUGACGUGGAUUGUUGAAUUCUUCGCCAACUGGUCCCCAGAGUGCCAGUCCUUUGCUUCCGUCUACGCUGAUCUGUCUCUCAAGUACAACUGUGCUGGUCUCAAGUUUGGUAAGGUGGACAUCGGCCGUUAUGGAGAGGUCUCCAAAAAGUACAAAGUGUCGGCUUCACCCCUGUCCAAGCAGCUGCCGUCCUUGGUGUUGUUUCAGGGAGGGAAGGAGGUGCUGCGGCGCCCCCAGGUGGACAAGAAGGGCAGAGCCGUAUCCUGGAGCUUCACGGAGGAGAACAUCAUCCGAGAGUUCAACCUGAACGAACUCUACCAAAAGUCCAAGAAGCUCAACAAGACCAAAGGAGACAAGGUCAGCCAAUCCCAGUUCCCGCCGGUCCCCGAGGAGGACGAGUCCGAGCAGCAAGGAGCCAACGCUGAGGCUCCGGAGACGGAGUCCAAGAAGGACAAAUAAGACGCUUCCCAUCACUCAGCUUUCACUUCUGGACCGAUGCUGUGGGUCCAGGUCGGCUCAAACCCCCCCACCCCCCCCUCAAAGUUUGUUCACAAGACUGGUGUUGCUGUGGAUCACCGUGAGACUUGAAGUAAACACUAAGCCCCAGUUAAACCCAAUCAUUCUCGUGUGGUUGCCCUCAUUAAGCGGGCAAAGAGCACAAGUGUACACUUUGGCAGAGGAGCAAACUGGGAAACCGUGAACCAGCUUUUGGGGGUUGUAAUGCUAAAACCUGGUCCAGUAUUUGGGUGGAAGGUCUGGAAAUGUGGCGUGAAGACCUGCCAUGUGCAUCGGGUUCUCCCAGUCUACACCACACAUUUCAAAGCUGAGUGACUGUCAGUUGAGUUCUUACUAAUUAAGGAAGGGAGCAGUGAAUGUGAUGCUACUUUGUUGUUUUGGUUGUUUUUUUAAUUAAACUAAUUUAAUGAGAUUAGAGUAGAUUAAAAUGAAUAUAUUCAUGUAAACUAAGUUCUAACUCUGUAGAAUGCGUUUGCAGUGUUAAUUGAGAGCUCCGAUACGGGAGCGCUUGUUUACCAACAAUAAUCAUUAUUCACCCCGUGGACAGACCGAGCUACUUCUGUCAUUCCUUUGUUUGUCGUUGCUUCUUGUGUUAGUGUCUUCGGCUCUAGGAGCGCCGCAUUUCCUUUUUUGAAAACACUUUCAGGUUUUAAACUGAUUGUUUUUGUUUUUCUACUAUUCUUACGUUACCAACAAGGUAACCAGUGUUUGAAUGUUUUCAGAAGCCGUGCUCGAGAUUCAGCGUCUGCUGGCUAUCCAUGUUGCGCCAGUUUUGUUACUUCCACAGUUCCAAUAAUGUUUGUUGUUUAAAAAACAGCGAAGAUGAAAACACAGGAAGGAGUUAUUAUUCUAUGAACAGUAAGCAGAUCUGUCUCAGUCCAGACUACAAUUUACAUAGAAUAAUACUCCCAUAAUAUUCAAACAAGCUCUCUCCAAUUUCUAACCGGUCUUUUGACAGCUCGAUUGCAGAUGGCGCAUUUAAUAGCACGUGGUGAGCUCGAGCUGCAGGGCGCUGGGUUCUAUGUGGUUCUGUACCGUGCCUGCCGAGCUUUGGUCCUCCUCCCAGCUGUCAGAAUAGAACCCUCUACUGGAACAGGAUGGGUUCACGGCCUUCCAAGGAUGAACCCCACUAACUCGUUAAUGGUCCUCUGACUUCCUGUUGACCUACCAAAGCAGUGCUGUACACCAGACCUGUGAUCGGCGUGAUGACAAAGCGAGGGCAAGUUUACUAAACAUGUGGUCCUGAUGAGACCACGUCUUCUUAGGACCACAUCAAACAAGAGUUUAAUUUCACAGCACUAUUUCUUGCUAACUGUCAGGAUUCAGAGUUUUCUUUCUCUUGUACUCAUAAACUGAUAAAUUAGCUUUUUGAAGACUGACUUUUUUUCCCUUAAUGAUUUCAUUACUAAAACCGUUUUUGUUUUGUACACUUCUUGUGACAUUGGUUUGACCUUUUGUCAUGUUGCAUUUGAUUUGAGCUGCAUUCCAAGGCUUGUAUGUACAUUUGCUCUGUGGGCCUGUUCUUGUUAUCCAUGCAAUAAAACAAUGUGAACAUGAA